UUUGAGUGCACAGGCCUCUCGCCCUUUGAUCCACAGCAGAUACUUGCUCGUUUUCAAACAAAGGAUGUUUCAAGACCUUCUACAGCUGAUAUUGAGAGUGUGUACAACUCUCAUGCCAAGAAGCUCUCUCACACUAUCCACACUAUUGUAGUGCAAAAGACUCUGCUACAACACGAAAAUCAGCAUCUCCGAGAUGCUUUCAUGAAUGAGAAGAAGCAUAGGCAGCGUGGCAGGGCCUUGCUGCUCGAAGCACCGGCUGAGUAUGAUGGAGGAGCUCAAUGGUGGAGUCCUAAGAAGGUGCAGGAUGCCCGUGCUCGGUAA